CAUCCUUCUCUUACGACCACACCAAAAUGAAUAUCCAUCGCUGUCGUUUUGUAGACUACACUCCGCACACCAUUACGUCGCUUGCAUUUUCGCACAAAUCCUCCUCUGCGCAAUUCACGCCUACCAACUUGCGUUUGGCGGUCGGCAGAGCCAACGGUGGCAUCGAGAUCUGGAACGGCAGACAGAAUUGGUAUCACGAGACCACCUUGCAAGGUGGUCGAGGCCGCUCGAUCGAAGGUGUUGUCUGGUCCUUAUGGAACAAGGACUCCCCCAGACUCUUCUCCAUCGGUGGAAGCACUGUGAUCACCGAAUGGAACUUGAAGACCGGCAAGCCGUUGGCCAACUUCGACUGCAACACUGGUGUUAUCUGGUCCAUCGCCGCGAGUGAGAAUGGCGAGAAGCUUGUGGUUGGGUGUGAUGAUGGGAGCGUCGUAUUGGUGGACAUUUCCGGUGGCCCGGGCUCCGUGGAGUUUGAGGGGAUUCUCCAGAGACAGGACUCGCGUGUGUUGAGCAUAGCCUGGAUUGGCAAUGAGAGGGUUGUUGGUGGCUGUGCUGACGGUAGAAUCAGGGUCUGGAGCUGUGCAGGUGACGACAAGUACCGACUUGUGUCGACUAUGAGAGUGGACAAGAGCAAGGCAGAGAGCACCUUGGUAUGGUCUGUGUUGGUGUUGCCGCACCAGAACCAGUUGGUCUCUGGUGAUUCCACCGGCUCAGUGAAGUUCUGGGACUUGGAACACUUCGCGAUGCAGCAGUCGUUUAGCGUGCACGAUGCGGAUGUUUUGUGUUUGACUGCCGACUUUUCCGGCGAAAAGGUCUUCUCUGCGGGUAUUGACCGUAAGAUCUUCAACUUCAACUUACUUGCAGACAAGAAGGCAGCCAGAUGGGUUAAUACUUCCAACCGCUUGUUGCAUGCCAACGACGUCAGAACCAUGGCGUCGUUCGAAUCCAAGAACGCCAACUUUUUAGUCUCUGGUGGGGUUGAGAGAUCCAUUGUGAUCAACUCCAUGACUGACUUCCAAGAUGGUCCGUACAGAAAACUUCCACCUACCCCGCAAACCUCGCCAGUGGGUGUCAACGAGCUGGAGCGCUUGGUUUACAUGUGGCAGGACCAGGAGGUGAGCAUCUGGAAGGUGCAGGGCGAUGAACUCGAAGGCAGCCAUAGGCUCGUGGCGAAGCUCAACUUGGCUGACGAAGAGAACAUUACCUCAGUUGCAUCGUCCGUAGACGGUAAGCUCUUGGCAGUGGCGAGAUUGACCGGUAUCAAGGUGUUCCAGAUAGAACUGAAGAAGCAGAAGAUGAAAAUCACCAAGAUCAGAAACGUUCCGGCGUUGGAUGCGGUGGGGGCCAGAAACCUCUUAUUCACUGACUCACAGUUAGUGUUCACGUCCCCAGAGGACGAGCUUUACACCAUUGACGUUGCCGAGAACGGUUUCGACAAUGAGUCGAUACGUGAAAUCGAGUUUGCAGACCAACCGGCGUACAAAUUGGCGCACUUAGCGCAAAUUAGGACCUUGAAAUACGCCAACGGCAAGCUCUCGGUAACCAGGUUGAACGGGAGCAUUGAAAUUGUGGACGUGGCUUCCGGGACCGUUCAGCAGUUGACCAAGUUGGCUGUUCCACCGGUGGCAGCUGAAUUCACCGCUAACGGCACCUUGCUUGUGCUCACGGCAGAAAACAAGCUCUACGAGUUUGAAUUAGCGGCGAAGGGCGAUAACUUGCUCACAAAGUGGUCCAGAAACAAUACCGAAUAUCUUCCAGCACAGUUCACUCUGUUAGAGGACAAGCCUGUGGGCAUGUUUAUGGAUAAUAAGCGUUCCAGCAGGGUUUGGGUGUAUGGUGCCUCAUGGUUGGCGUUUUUCGACCUCUCGCAGGACGUUCCAUUUGCUAAGAAUGCUGGGAAGAAGAGAGCCAGAGGCGGCUUGUGCAUCGAGGACGGUGACAGUCAUAGCGUAGAAGAUGAGGAUGAAGAGGCGAUUGACGAGAUGGAAAUCAUGAAGACGGUCAGACAGAGUGCAGCCGACAGAUUGAAGCGUAAGCAGUCGAGCACGGAAAUGGAGGAGGGCAGCCGUGCGUUCUGGAUGACGGAGAAGUACAAACCUUUGUUGUUUGUGGGGGCGUUUGGGGAGGGCGAGAUUGUGGUGAUUGAGAGACCGGUAUUCCACUUACCGACCCCACCGGCGUUUAACUUGCAUCAGAUUAAGGUGUAGAUCGGUUCAUUUUCCUUUGUGACGGUUGGCCUUACUGACUGAUAACCCUGUAUAUUUAUCUUGUACUUUAACAGAAUAUAAUUUGAGUAAAC